GACAAUGGCGGCGGCGCUGGCGGCGGGAGGAGGCUCAGGGCCCGGCGCCGCGGCGGCGGCCGUGGCGGUGAGCGGCGGCCCCGCUUUGGCCGCCCUGUCGGUGGCGAGGCGGAAAGACGGCGGCCCCACGGGGAAGUUUUGGGAGAGCCCGGAGACGGUGUCCCAGCUCGACUCGGUCCGCGUCUGGCUGGGGAAGCACUACAAGAAGUAUGUUCAAGCAGAUGCUCCUACCAAUAAAACGCUGGCUGGGCUGGUGGUGCAGCUGCUGCAAUUCCAGGAAGAUGCCUUUGGAAAACAUGUCACCAAUCCUGCCUUCACAAAGCUUCCUGCAAAAUGCUUCAUGGAUUUCAAAGCUGGAGGUACAUUAUGUCACAUUCUUGGUGCUGCUUACAAAUACAAGAAUGAACAGGGCUGGCGGAGGUUUGACCUGCAGAAUCCAUCCCGAAUGGAUCGAAAUGUGGAGAUGUUCAUGAACAUUGAGAAAACACUAGUGCAGAACAACUGUCUGAGCAGACCGACCAUCUACCUCAUUCCAGAUAUAGAACUGAAGUUGGCUAAUAAAUUGAAGGAUAUUGUCAAGCGUCACCAGGGAACAGUAACUGAAGAGAAAUCAAAGGCUACCCACCAUGUUUAUCCAAGUCCUACCUCAAUGGAUGAUGAUGAAUGGUUGAGACCUGUGAUGAAAAAAGACAAGCAGGUGCUGGUACACUGGGGCUUUUUUCCAGACAGCUAUGACACUUGGGUUCAUGCCAAUGAAAUAGAUGCUGAAAUUGAGGAUCCUCCAAUUCCUGAAAAGCCAUGGAAGGUUCAUGCCAAGUGGAUUUUGGACACAGAUAUUUUCAAUGAGUGGAUGAAUGAAGAGGAUUAUGAGGUAGAUGAGAACAGGAAAUCAGUGAGUUUUCGACAGAGAAUCUCCAUGAAAAAUGAAGAGCCUGUACGUAGUCCAGAGAGGAGAGACAGGAAGGCAGCAGCAAGUACAAGGAAGAGAAAGCAUUCUCCUUCUCCACCCCCCACUCCUGUGGAGUCGAGAAAAAAGACAGGGAAAAAAGGACAAGCAGCCUUAUAUGGGAAAAGGAGAGGGCAGAAAGAAGAAGACGAGCAAGAAGAUCUUACAAAGGACAUGGAGGAUCCCACACCAGUACCUAAUAUAGAAGAAGUGGUACUUCCCAAAAAUGUGAACCCAAAGAAAGACAGUGAAAACACACCUGUGAAAGGAGGAACAGUAGCAGACCUCGAUGAACAGGAUGAGGAGACAGUGGCAACUGGAGGAAAGGAAGAUGAAGAUCCUAACAAAGGUGAUCAAAGUCGGUCAAUUGAUCCAGGUGAAGAUAAUGUCACAGAACAAACCAACCACAUCAUUAUUCCAAGCUAUGCAUCUUGGUUUGACUACAACUGUAUUCAUGUGAUUGAACGUCGUGCUCUUCCUGAGUUCUUCAAUGGAAAAAACAAGUCCAAGACGCCAGAAAUAUACCUGGCUUACCGCAACUUCAUGAUUGACACCUAUCGCUUAAACCCUCAAGAGUACUUGACCAGCACGGCCUGCAGAAGGAAUCUGACUGGAGAUGUGUGCGCUGUUAUGAGAGUACAUGCUUUUCUGGAGCAGUGGGGUCUCAUUAACUACCAAGUGGAUCCAGAAAGCCGUCCCAUGGCCAUGGGCCCUCCCCCAACCCCUCACUUCAACGUGCUGGCCGAUACUCCCUCCGGACUUAUGCCUCUCCAUAUCCGCACUCCGCAGGUUCCAGCUGCUCAGCAGAUGUUGAGUUUUCCUGAGAAAAACAAAGAGAAGCCUACUGAUCUGCAGAACUUUGGACUUCGCACAGACAUCUACUCAAAAAAGACUUUAGCAAAGAGUAAAGGCGCGAGUGCUGGAAGGGAAUGGACAGAACAAGAGACAUUGCUGCUGUUAGAGGCUCUGGAGAUGUACAAAGACGACUGGAACAAAGUCUCAGAGCACGUUGGGAGCCGGACCCAGGACGAGUGCAUCCUCCAUUUUCUGAGGCUCCCGAUCGAGGACCCCUAUCUGGAGAACUCGGACGCGUCGCUGGGCCCGCUGGCUUACCAGCCCGUACCCUUCAGCCAGUCUGGCAACCCCGUGAUGAGUACCGUGGCCUUCCUGGCGUCGGUGGUGGAUCCCCGGGUGGCAUCAGCCGCGGCAAAGGCCGCCUUAGAGGAGUUUUCUCGAGUCAGAGAGGAGGUACCGCUGGAGCUUGUUGAGGCUCAUGUAAAGAAAGUUCAGGAAGCAGCAAGAGCCUCUGGGAAGGUGGAUCCGACGUACGGACUAGAGAGCAGCUGCAUUGCGGGAACAGGUCCAGAUGAGCCGGAGAAAAUCGAUGGAGUUGAAGAAGAAAAGAUGGAAACAGAGACAGAGGGGCAGCAGGCUGAGAAGGUUGAAAACAAAACAGAGAGUGAAAUUGAGGAGGGCAAUAAAGUACAAGAAGGAGAAAAUGAGAGAAAUCCAGAAAAAGAGCAAGAUAGCGAAGCGACUGCAGACACCAAGCCAGAAGAAAAGGAGGCAGAAGAGAACAAGGAGAACGUUGAUGCAAGCAAAGACAAAGAAAACGAGGCUGGGAAGAAGAAAGUGGAACAUGAAAUCUCGGAAGGAAACGUAGCUACAGCUGCAGCUGCUGCCCUUGCCUCAGCUGCCACCAAAGCAAAGCACCUAGCAGCAGUGGAAGAAAGAAAGAUCAAGUCCCUGGUCGCCCUUCUGGUGGAAACACAGAUGAAGAAGCUGGAAAUAAAACUCCGCCAUUUUGAGGAGUUGGAAACCAUUAUGGACAGAGAGAAAGAGGCAUUAGAGCAGCAGAGACAACAGUUGCUGACAGAACGCCAGAAUUUUCACAUGGAACAGCUGAAAUACGCGGAAUUAAGGGCUCGUCAGCAAAUGGAGCAGCAGCACAGUCAAAACCCCCAGCAGUCACACCAGCACUCCAGUGGGCCUGGGAUGAACCCCCUUGGGGCACCAGCACAUCCAGGCUUACUGCCUCAUCAGCAGCCUCCGCCGUACCCUAUGAUGCACCACCAGAUGCCACCACCUCACCCACCACAGCCAGGUCAGAUGCCGGGGCCCGGGUCGAUGAUACCGGGACAGCCCUUGCCGGGCCGGAUGAUGCCAAGUGUGUCAGCCAACAUCCACCCAGCCGGCAGCGGUGCCCCCCCGCCCGGCAUGUCGCCCAUGUCAGGAAAUCUCAUUGGACCUCGCGUUCCUCUGGCAGCUCCAAAUGGCAUGUAUCCCCCUCCCGCACAGCCGCCUCCGCCAGCAGAAGGGGUGACCCCCCCUCCGGCAGGAGCCCCCCCGGCCCCAGCCGCUCCCUAAGCAGCCAAGGAAGAAGGAACUUCUACAGCAACACCGUGGUGACCAAAAAUGAAUUCCUCAGUUACCUUCUGUUCCCUUGGGAGGUUUCCACCUCCCGUCGCUCCGCCCCGGUUGUGUGUGCGUGCAUAUCCAUACACAUAUACACAGCGUGGGGUAUUUUUUCCCCCCCCUCCUCUCCCCACCACUCGUGACCUGGCAGUACUUGGCAUUCCUCGGGGAAAGCUUUAGGUCAGAGAUGCCAGUGGUGCCUCCGUGUUGCUGGUGGGAAGUCCUUCGCGCUUUGGCCUGCUUGCCUUUCAGAGCGCGCUCGACUCUGGUUUCGUUCAUCUUGGUGUUUUGAGCUUUGGGUUCUCCUGAAGAGAGUGUAAAAAAAAAAAAAAAAAAAGAAAAAAAAAAAAAGAAAAACAAACAAACAAAAAAACACCCAAGCUUUUGAAGUGGAGGCAUUAGCUGAGCUUUGGGAUGUAGCACAUGCCCACUCCACCCGUGAUUUAAUGUUUUGGGUUCUCCAGGCAGGGCAAAGCAUCACGGUCGGAUGCCAAACCAGUGUUUUGAGCAGAGAAGGAAAAUAAGGGCGCGCUGUAGCACAGAAGGUGCAGGAGUGCCAGCUGUAUUCAUCCCACACAGAUAGUCCCGGGGCUGCCUCGCUAACUUAUUAAAGAAAAUACUGAUCCAGUGCGAAUGAAGCCAGGAGUGAAUCAAUUGGAAUAAAACCACUCAAUGGUAGGAGUUUUCUUGCUCCAGUUUUUAACUUCCUUUUGCCUUUGAAGGUGGUAGUUGAGCCUUCCCUCCGAGUAGUUUGGUACAGUAGCCAACUGAGGAAUAAAACCAUGAUUUUUAGUCCCUCUUUUUGGAGCAUAUCCUUUUUACUUUUUCAAAUGAGGAGAAGAGAGAGUUAAAAAAAAAAAAAAAAAAAAAAAAAAAAAAAAAGUAGAUAGCGAAGAAGUGUUAGCUAUGGGAUUGGGUUGGGAUGGCUGGGAUGCCAAUGCCAGAACUACCUCCUGCGGCCAGCCGGGGUGGGCAGGGUCAGCGGCCGUGCUGCGCGUCCCCGGGACAGCUCACCCAUCCCCUCCCGCUCGCGGAGCCAGACCUCGGCGCUGCCAGAACCGCUGGCCCGCUCCUCGGGGGGGGGCUGCAAAAAAAAAUCCUUUGGCGACUGUGGUUGGGGUGCUCUGCCCUUUCCCUGGCUCCUCGCCGAGGGUCUGAAGAUGGUUUUGCUUCUUCAAAGGGUGGCUCUCAGCGACCGAGCGCGAGGCGGGGCUCUGAGGCUUGACCAGAGGGAGAUCUCCCAAAUAAUCUGAAACCUCCGGAAGAGUUUGUACCACUUUAAAAAAAGAAAAAAAAAAAAUUUUUUUUUUUGCUUUGAAGAGCACUCAGGUGAUUGACUCGUUGAUGUUCACGGUCGAACUCCCCGGGUCCUGGGAGUACAUGAGUGUGGAGUAACCACUUUGGGCUGCCCGCGCCUCCGCCGCGCGCUCGGGCUGCGGCCGCGUUCCCUCCCGUGCGCAGGGACGGCGCUCGCGGCCGUCGGGCUCUCAGAACCCCCAGUGCCUGCCUGCCUGCCACCUCCCGCAAAGGAAAUUCAUCCCCACUGUUCCCUUUUCCCUCCAGGGUCUUUGGGGCGAGCAUGGGAUUUUCUGGUUCAGACCAUAGUCCAGUUUAGAAUAACCUCAGGUUGUUUUUAGCGUGAUCAACUUCAAAUAUAAAGGAUCCAGAUGGAGACUAUUUUUUACUGUACUAGUGAUAAUCCUGCAGAGUACCUGAAUUCUUGACACUGUUGUGUUUCUGUAUAAAUAAUACACGUGCUGACUUUUUCAUCUGAUCCUAUGUAUAGGGCCGGUUUUAUUCCUGCAACACAGCCACCCAAUUUUGUGAAAUAAAACAAAAAAAAUGCGUUUUUUUUGUACAAA